AUGGAUGCUCUUGGUGAUCGCAAUCACCAUCUUCAAUCUCAAGCCAUCCAUCUGCAACAUCAGCGAGAGGUCGAGAGGCAGCAGCAGCAAAUCUUGUCGUUGUUCCGCCGUCAGAGUCAGCCCCCUCAACCCACCUCCCCUUCGCGACCAAUGGGCAGCCAGCCUCACUUCUCGACGGGCAUGUAUGCUUAUCCUCAGCACGCAAUGCCUGAGCAGACUUCUGAUCGCCAGCAAUUGCCGCAGCUCUACCCCCAGUGGCCUGGUCCUGCGCCAGAUGAGGCAUACCUGCGCCAUCUGCUGGCCGUUACUUCGUCGCAGCCGCAGCUACAGUCUCAGCACGUCGCCACACUCUCAGGGCAACCUUCACUCCAGCCUCAAAGCUCGUAUCACUUCCAGGGCGGCUUUGACGCACUUGGGCAUACAGUUCCAGAAAUCCCACACCACAGCGCUACGCAUUCGUCAGCUGGAUCUUUCUCAGCGGGUAGUCCGCACUCGUUGCAUGACUUCGUACUCGGCAUUCACGCGUUCCCUACUCCUCCAGAGAGCGACAACUCCCUCGAACACAAUGAUGCUGGUCAGACACUUGAUGCUAAGCGUAGCGACCUGCCCCUCUUCUCCUUUGGUGGCGAAACAGGGUCCGACGGCACCAUCGAUCCUACCAGCAUGUCGUUCGAUCCAAGGGUCGUGUUCGGUGAAAGCUACAGUGAUCAGCAGCGCAGCGCCCCCUCGAGCACCCCGGGCCUUAGCCCUAGUGCUCACAGCAACGUUGGACUUAGUAGUGCCACAUCGCACGGCGGCUCCCCGCCCUAUUCGAGCAGCGCCCCUGAUACGACCUUUGUGACUCCAGAACAACUCUCCAGUGUUCCCUUUUCGCCCAGCAAGCCAAGCUCCGAGCAAUACGCUCUCAAUCCCGCUAUCAACAAUGCCAUGGGUAUGUUGGGAGUGGCGGGUAGUGUGCCAUCAUUGUUCGAAAGUACUGCGCCGCACAAGACAGACCUAAAGCGUCAAGCAUCGGGCGAAAGGCCAAGCGAAGGCCGCCCAUCCAAAAAUGUCAGAACGGCACCACCCGCGUCGAAGGAGAAUUCUAAAACAAGUCGGCGAGUCAAGAGAGAGCACCAGCCCAUAGCGCCUGCAGUUCACCCGGCCAGCGAAAGCCACGGUGCGCCAUCUAGCAGCUCGAUGAAUCUUCCCGAGAUGGCAGCUGGCAGCAACGCCACAGCACAAGCUGCAAUCAUCAAGCUACGCCAACGUCAAGCUGCUGUUGCUGCUGCAGCUGCCGAAAGUGCUGAAAACGCUCGCCAUGGCAAGAGCACAGUCGAUGGCUCGCUUGCUUCAAAAAGCAGCAGGCUACACCGUGACAGCGGCUCUGGCUCUGACGACGACUCACAGGAUCUUUCGAAUGGUUCUUCCGAGAAGUCGCAACGCAAAGUAGCUCACAACGCAAUCGAGCGCAGAUAUCGCAACAACAUCAAUGAUCGCAUUGCAGCCUUGCGUCACGCUGUACCAGCUCUCCAUGAUCCCAAACCUCUGCCGGGAGGUCGACGAGGAAAGAAAGCACGGCUUCAGAACGAUUUGGUCGACGGCGUGCCCCGUGCCACCAAGCUGAACAAAGCCACCAUUUUGGGAACAGCUACCGCAUACAUCCGCGUCCUAAAGGGUCGAGAGAUUCGUUUGUCAAACGAGGUCAUUGGUUUGAGACAGCUAAUCACAUCUCUAGAAGGAGGUGACGAGCUUCUAGAGCUGUGGGUGGCUGAAAUGCAGUCGGCUACGGGCUCAACAGGUGACACCUCACAUGACGAGCCCGAAAUCGAUGAAUUCGAGGUCGGAGAGGAUUCUGAUGACGACGAUGAGGAGGACUCUGGUGAGGAUGAAGACGACGAGAAGCCCGAUGGUCAGCAAAUCAAACGCAGCCGCGCUUCUCGCGCAGGACCGCUCGCGCGGGCCAUGACAGGUGGUAUGCUUACCCUCGCCAUCUUCGGACCUGACUCUCAACCGAACGAGGUUGCGUCUACCUCUGCAUCUGUACCGCACUUCGUCAAGCGGCAAGUCCUCGACGAAAGUCAGGUGGAAUACCAGCCCGGCGCUCCUGCCAUUCUGGACACCUUUCGCAUCGUGACGUUCAUCGGCAUCUUCCUCAUCUUGGUUUGGCCUAUCAUUUCGCGACUUCUGACUCGCUGGCAUCGGAGAGCUGCGCGUAGUAGAAGCACAGCAUCGAGCGAACCAGUUGCCAAUCUCGACGAUCCUUCCUUCGACGCGCGCAGGCGAGCCCUAUUGCAAGUGUUGGCACGGUCGCAUCCUGAUGCGCGUGAAACGAAUACGGCCUUGCGCACAUUUGUGGUGGCGCCUGUGCACCCACUCUGUUCCGCCUAUGGACUGGUCCUUGAGGGUGCCAAGGCUCUGCGCACUGCCAUGGGUCUGCGUCCCUCUGCGACAGAUAUGACCUCUGGCGAAGCUGCCAUCUGGCUUCGUUUGCUAGAGGUGGAGACAUCCCUUGGUCCACUCGCGGAACCCAGUCUAGUCGCCCGCCUCUAUACAAUCAUGCGUGUCUCUGCAGCUCUGGAGCUAAAUCAGAUCAAGCGCGCCCAAGGACAUGCUACCCUCGCGCUCGCUCUUCUUCGAGCUUUGCCUGGCAACGCUAUCACGGAACGGUGGGCUGUUCAAUGCUGGGAACGUGCGCGCCGAUGCCGACUUAUCGCUGCCGACGAAGAAGCCUCGCAAUCGGCCCUAGAUGGAAACACGCUCCCCGAAGCUCACGAUUCGGUCGACGAACGAUGGAUAGACAACGUUCUGAGACUGGAGGCGUGGGAGGCUCUGACGUACGCGCCAACCCCGACUGCAGUCCUCGCAACUUUCAGAGCCACCGCACCGGCGACGGCGCGCGCGACUGCUCUCUCGCCUCUUCUGAGCGUGUCGGUGCAUCUGCACGCCGCGGAAGCCGACGACGUGUGGUCGACGAUCUUCGAAGCCCUGGUGCGCCACACGUGUCCCGGCGCCGUGAACGUCGACCUCGAGACUACGGCUGCCACGACUGUGCGAGAAUUCAUCAGACAUGCCAGGACGAUGCGACUUGAGUUAGACAUCGCGACGAACAACCUAGAGCGCGAAGCGAUUACAUCGCGCAUUGCACAACUUGUCGCUACAGCGCCUCCUGUACCCGAAUCUCGCGACAUCGCCUUUACUCUGCUUGGUGCUUGGUCCUUGAUGAUUGGCAACACUUUACUGGCCCGGAACGUUUGCGCUUCGCUACUUCGCUCAGGCGCCGUUCGAAGAUCCGCCUCUUCUUCGUCGCUUGUUCAAUUGGUCCUUCCAGCCGGUUUACACGAGGCGAGCAGCCUCGAUGCUCAUUCGGUCGACGCGAUGCUAGACUGCGCUGAAAACGUCGCUGCAACCACGCUGGGCUGGCUGCUCUUCUUGCGAGGGUUUUCAGCCAUGUGCGCCGGCACGAGCGGUCAUCCCACAGAAGGCGCAAGGACUUCACUCAUCACCUCGGCGAACCAGUUGCGGGCCCAGCUAGCAGUGGUUGCGAUCUCGCGGCAAACUCGCCGACAGCAGUCUGCGGAAGGAUCGACGAGAAGAGCGUCUGCCGCGUCGCUCGCUUCAGACUCGGGUACCAUCACCCCAACGUCCAGAAGUCAAACGCCCACUAUCAAAUUGCCCGAGCAGCGCCACGUCAGUCUGUUCGAAGCUAGAGAUGCUUUGACCGACGUCCUUGCGACGCUUACGCGUAGGAUCGUCUGGAAAGAUCUGCGUGGCUGGGUGGAGGAAGAUGGCGAGGACUCAGGCGUCGAGUGGGUUUGA